AUGUUAGCCCUCAUCGUCGUAAAGACUCCGCUGCUGUUCCUUUCCCUGCUCAUUUCAUUUUCAGUUUAUACAAGUGGAAAGGAGCAUAGCCUUCCUAAUAAUAAAGACUUCUGCCUUGCGGCAGUCGAUCUCCAGCAAAAAGCAAGACCAAACGAGACUGCUGUGCAAGAUUGCUGCGAUGCCUUUCUCCUUGGUGGAAGGACUGGAGUCUACUGGUACAGGAGCGUUGGGAGGACUCACAGGGUGUUCUGUGACAUGACGACUGCUGGUGGAGGAUGGCUAGUGAUUUUACGAAGACUCAAGGAAUGGCCAGUGCAUGCAGGUAAUCCUGAUUACUUUGAGAGGUACUACAAUCCGGAGGACGAGCAAGGAGACUACCAGCGAGGAUUUGGCUCACUUGAUCAAAACUUUUGGUUUGGCUUAAACAAACUUUACAGGCUUACCAACAGAUCAAACGUGUAUGCACAGGCCAGAUUUGAAUUUACUGAAUAUGAAACUGGGAUCGAGUACUGGGUAGAGUAUGACACGUUUGCAGUUGGACCCAAGACCAGUGAUUACACUCUGACUAUCGGGAACUACACUGAUGGGAAUUUACCCGAUAUAUUCUCUGUGCUCAAUGGCUGGACCUUCAAACCAGGAAAUAUUUGUCGCCACAAUAGUUCAUGGUGGUAUCCCAAACUUGACCGUCGCAAAUAUUGGCUCUGUAGAUGUCUUACUCCGUUUGUAACCAACGAGGGUAGUGCCGUGUCUAGAUUUGAGGAUGCCUGCUUAGAACCUCGACAUGACCAUUUAAUGCCUUCAUUACCGCCUAGUCAUUAUGAGAUUAUAAUAGACACAAUGGAAAUAAAGAUUCGUUUUAAGAGGUAUCCUUGUUCUCAUCACGUUCACUCAACUACAUAA